GUCGGGAGUCUCCGACUCGGUGCCGGAACUGAUUGCUUAAUUUCCUUGUUCUUGCUAUUCUUUUUUACGGCUUCAGAGAUUAGUCUUUUGUUCUCUCAGACCGCCGGAAAUAUUAUGAAGUUACGUUGAAGCUUACUUUAAAUUAGCUUCUUCUGGCAUUGUGAUGGCCACCUUCAUUUUUUUCAAUUUACCUUUUAAUCUUCAUCAGAAGUGUUUUCCACACCUGCCCUAGUAGUUUUGUGAACCAUCGAAACACUACGGGCUUUUUUUCCGUGUCCAUCACAACAUACCGAAUUACAAUGGUUCGUUAUCUGCCAAUCGUAUUCAUGGUAUUCCCAACCUCCACACGGCCCGCUCCAGACACCAUUUUUAUUUUUGUCUCUUUGCGAUCAGGAACGGGAGCCAUUUUUCGUUUGGGCAGAUCCUUCGGGCUAUUCCGAUGCCUCACCUAGCGUUUUGCCGCCAUCUUAGGUCCUGGCAAUGGCUUCCAGCCCCUGUGAAGCCGGUUACGUCAUCUUGUGUUUGGGCGGUAGUUGUUGCAUUCUCAAACGCGCGGGGCUACACUGGGAAAGAGGAAGUGAGCCAAAGCCUCUGAGGCUUUGCCAGCAGUCUUUUUGGCGUGAGUUUCCACAUUCUGGUUCUAGUCCACCAGUGACCCUGGACAGUAAUAAAACAUAAAAAGCCCGAGCCCACCUCCCGCCACCUGCAUAGGUUCUGUAGCACUCGUAGCUCAUUCAGAAAUGGCAUCUAAGAAAUUUGCCAUUAAGUGUGGAAAUUUUGCUGUCCUCGUGGAUCUUCAUAUAGUGCCACAAGGUUCAAACAAAGAUUCCAGCUGGUUUUCUGAACAGAAGAAAGAGGAAGUUUGUUUGCUGUUAAAAGAAACCAUUGAUUCCAGAGUUAAGGAAUACGUGGGCAUUUAUAAGCAGCACAGGCCUUCAAAUGCAGAAUUCACAAGAUCCAGUCCCUUGUCCUUAAAAGGUUAUGGCUUUCACAUCACAGCCUAUUUCAUCAAGAGAGGGAUACACCUUCGCUGUAUUCAGAGCUCACAGAAUACUGAACUUCGUAUAUUUCCUGACAGAUUUGUGGUCUGUGUUAGUCAGCUUGCAUUUGGUCCUGAUACUUGGGCAAGCCAGAAUGAAAAGUCGCAACACAGACAAGAGUCAGUGAAACAGUUGGGACUACCAAAUGGCUCCAUUGUCACACAUAUUCCAAUCUCAGCUGAACACCUCCCCUCCUCAAGACUUUCAACCUGCCACGUUCUCAGUGUGAGAAGAACUAAAGCAAAAAGCAAUGCUGAGAACAAAUCACAGACCAGCACAGACCCAGUGGGAAGACCUAGUGACUCAGUCAUUGCCGUACCAAGGAGGAGGGAUGCCUCAGCCAGUCUCCUGUCAGAAACUAUGGGUCAAGCACAAGAUGACAUAAAAGCAGCCAAGAUCCACCAGGGGCUUCCUGUUCAAAAGCUGGAAAAUGUUUCUCAGACUCAGCCAGAGGACACUAGCAGCCAGCAACAGCCUCAUCCCGGGGAGUGGCUAAAGACGGGACUUCUAAGCAGGAGCCCUGUGUGUAGCUAUGAGUCAGCAUCACCAGGUCCAAAGCAAAGUCCACGAGCAGCCAAGACACAACAGAAACGCAGGAACUGUGGCUCUGCGGAAGACUCUGACCACCGCAGGAGAGUUUCUCUUGGAAAUGAUGGAUUCGUCCCAGGAGACAUGAUGGUGGAGAAGAGCACAGCUGUCAGUGUUUUGCCAGCGCUAGAAUUGUCAGAUACAGGGUUGCUUUUGAGUCAAGAUUUGGCAAAAGCCACAGCUAAAGAAGAGCUACAUGCUUCGGAAAGCCUCUCCUCCAGACACCUUAUGACAAAUAACCCAGGGCUGGUGCAGCACACCAGCUCAGCUGCAAUUGAUGAACGAUUAGCUACAAUUCAGGGCGGCCUAAGCAAAAGAAGAAAGAAAUUGCAAAGUUCUAGCAGAGGAUGUAGUGGCAAGAAAAACUUGAGUGUAUAGUUCCUCUGGUUUGAAAAGAAUGUGGUAAUUACUUUAAUCAAAUAUUUGGAGGUUGGGAGAAGUCUCAGCUUUUAAGAGCACUUACUGCUCUUGAAGAGGACCAAGAUUGAGUUCCAGGCAUCCACAAGGUGACUCACAACCAUCAUGAACUCCAGAUGCAGAAGACAAAACAUCCACUUUUGGCCCCCAUGGGCACCAGGCAUGCACAUGGUAUGUGUAUGUACAAGGAGGCAAAACACACAUACACAUGAAAUAAAUCUUUAAAAACAAAACUGUUUGUGUUGGAAUUAACCUUCACAAUCACCUCCUGGAGGCUGUUUUUCUAAUAGGCUUGUUCCUUUCUCAUCAUGUUUAUAACUGUCCCUGGAAAAUAUUGUAUUGACAAAGAGCCCUCCACCUGUCAAGGAGUAAGCCGUGUCUCAAUAAUAUUGGACAUUGUCACCCCAUCACUGUGAAGACCUCCUGAGGGGAUACAAAGAGACAGUGCCAUGUGCUGCAGGCCAGUUCUAGCGCUACAAUCCUCUUGUUCCUCGAACUGAGUGCCUGACAAUGAAAAUAGGUUAGUGGUUCUUCGCAUGUGGUUCUGUGCAAAAUGCAGGCAUUGGAGUUUGUGAGGAACUAGGAUUCUUAAAUAACACUAAAUUUGAAGAUUCCCUAGCAGUUAUUUUCUCCAGCCUGGCCACCAUCAGCUGGAGCCACAUGUGGACAGGUAUCCCCCUGUGCUCCCUCAGGCCUGUAGAGUAUUUAGAUUGGAUUCAGGGUGUGAGUCCCUUAGUUCCCAGGUUCCACUAAAGGGUGAACGCAGCACCUAGGGAGCUGUUGUAGCUGUAGUUGCCAGGGAUGGACAGGUAAUUCAUCUCAGCCUUAGGUGAAGCCACAGAAGAGGUGUGCUCUGUGUAGCAUGGUCUGACCCUGUCCUUGUUCAUGCCUCUAAUAUUCCAGUUACAGUUAGGACAGAGCAGAACCCAAAGGGAGCUCAGUGACCAUUCCAGUUCCCAAUGUGAAAAAAUCCACAGGGCAUUUAAAUACUCUCUUUAGUUGUAUAGCCUGCUCUCAAGAAAGACAAGAAGCUUAAGUUAUCAACCUGGAAGUGUUAUCUGACCAUCCCAGCCUCAGAGGACCAGAAACUCUGAUUGCUGGUGUUCCUUUCCUUUCCCAUCUAGGCAGUUCUAAGCCAUUGAAUUCUCAAUGGAAGCAUGAGCAGCCCCCCUUAUACACCUCACUCGAAAGAUCCUAAAGUCAAAACCAGGCCUAUCAGAAUGAUGACUGUUUUCCUACUCCAGAACUAAGAUACUCUGAACAGGGUUUUAAUUGUUUAAUGGUUUAGGUCAUAGUAUUUCAUUGUACUUAAAUGAAGCAUUUGCUUUCAAGAAACGUUUUGCUUUUCAAAUCUGUUCUAUUGUAGGAGAUAAUGAUGAUUGUGACCAGUGAGGAAAACAAUAGUUGUUUGGACUGUAUGUAGAUUUUCUUUCUCACAACCUUCGUGCACAGUGGAUUUUAACAGGAUUAGCAGGGAAUGGCUCUGGGCUCUCACACUGUGGCAUAUAUUUAAGGAAUUUUGCCUUUAAGCAUUUUCCUGCAGUGUAUCUGAAACACCUCUGCAUCUCUUGAAUGGUUUUACAAUUCUUUGAAUAUACCGACAAAGGGGAAAAUUAAUCCCAAGUGUUUUGUUAUGUAUCAGGUGGGAUAUUAAAUAUUUUCUGCCAUUGGGAA